AUGUUUGAGGUCGAGCUUGGGUUUGUCUUGAUUGAACAGGCCGAAGCUGGAUGUUGGGAGUCCGACGAGCACGGGGUGGAACCACCGGAUGCGAAUUGGAUCUGGGGACAGCGGUUGUUGGUGAUGGCGUCCAAGCUUGGGAUUGAGGCUGGAUCUGCGGCCGAGUCUGUGUCUGCACACUGGCUCCAGAUGAAACAUGAAGACUUUGCAGAGGCUGAGGUGGUCCCUGAGGAGGUGGUCCCUGAGGCUGAGGUAGUCCCUGGGGUCGAGGUAGUCCCUGAGGUUGAGCUAGCACUGGACAGAAAGACUGGACUAGACUGUGAGAGUGAAUCUGGGACUGCGGUUUCGCCAAUUUCUGAGUUUGAAUGGGAGACUGUAGUGGUUUCUGAGUACCAGGAUAGAUUUGUGUCGGAAAACGGGGUUGUAGCUGAGGUUGAGGCUGAGUAUGGUGCUGGGCUGACAUAUCCAGCCAAGGUUGACUAUGAGCUUGGAAUUGUAUCC